AUGGCUGCUACCAAAGUUGGCCAUGGACUGGCUAAGGUCCUCGGUAUCAAACUCAACUAUCGCGAUGAACUCAACAAUCAGGAGAUUUUACGAGGAGAGUCAGUCUUUUCCAUUCAAACAGCCGAUACAUUCGUAGAGGAAGAACCUCGAAGUUUAGAAUGGAUCCAGGAUACCCUUCCAAACCGACACGAUCUCGCCGCUUAUGGCCGCUCGCUAUUUCCAUUUUUAAGUUGGAUUGGAUGCUAUAAUUUGCAAUGGUUAUUUGGAGAUUUGGUAGCUGGUAUUACUAUCGGUGCUGUCGUCGUACCUCAGGGUAUGGCUUAUGCUACCCUCGCUGAGCUCGAACCUCAAUUUGGUCUUUACUCAUCUUUCAUGGGAGUUCUUGUUUACUGGUUUUUCGCUACGUCAAAGGAUAUCACUAUCGGACCUGUUGCUGUCAUGUCGACUCUCGUUGGUCAAAUCUUGGUGAAAGCUGCUGUCACUCACCCUGACGUUCCUGGCCAUGUCAUUGCAUCUUGUUUGGCUGUAAUUGCUGGUUGCAUCAUUGCUUUUAUCGGACUUAUUCGAUGCGGUUGGAUUGUUGAUUUGAUUUCCCUUACUUCAAUUUCGGCAUUCAUGACUGGCUCCGCUAUCAACAUUGCUGUUGGACAAGUUCCAACGUUGAUGGGUAUCACAGGCUUCAGCUCUAGAGCUUCAACCUAUAAGGUUGUGAUCAACACAUUGAAGGGUCUUCCCAAUACAAAACUUGAUGCAGCCAUCGGCUUGACAGCCCUUUUCCUGUUAUAUGCGCUUAGAGCUGCUUGUAAUUAUGGAGCUAAGAAGUUCCCAAACCACAAAAGAACAUUUUUCUUCGCCGCAACUCUUCGAACCGUAUUUGUUAUUUUGUUAUACACAUUGGUUAGUUGGCUUGUAAACAUGCAUCAUCGCAAAAAGCCACUCUUCAAAAUUCUCGGUAAAGUUCCACGAGGAUUUCAAAAUGCUGCCGUGCCAGAAGUCAACUCUUCGAUCAUCAACGUCUUUGUAGGGGAUUUACCAGCCACUGUCAUCGUUCUCCUUAUCGAGCACAUCGCAAUUUCGAAAUCUUUCGGACGUGUCAACAACUAUGUUAUCAACCCAUCUCAGGAGAUGGUAGCUAUUGGUGUCACCAACAUCUUUGGCGCUUUUCUUGGUGGUUAUCCAGUUACUGGUUCUUUCUCUCGUACAGCUAUCAAAUCGAAGGCUGGUGUCAGAACUCCAUUCGCUGGUGUCAUAACCGCUGUCAUCGUUCUUCUUGCUAUCUACGCACUUACGGCAGUCUUCUUUUACAUUCCAAGUGCAGCUUUGUCUGCAGUCAUUAUUCACGCUGUCGGAGAUCUCAUCACACCCCCAAAUACUGUCUAUCAAUUCUGGCGUGUAUCCCCUCUCGAGGUUCCGAUUUUCUUCGCAGGUGUCAUUGUUACCGUUUUUACCACUAUUGAAGAUGGUAUCUACGUAACCAUUUGCGUUUCAUUCGCCGUUCUCAUUUUCCGAAUUAUUAAGGCUAGAGGACGCUUUCUUGGUAAAGUCAAGGUUACUUCGAUCGGGGGUGAAAUUGCCGAAUAUAGAUCAGCACCUUUGGUCGACAAUGGCACUUUCCCAAAAUCUGAUGCCACUCAAUUCGAAGAUUCUGGAUCUCGAACAGUCUUCCUUCCUUUUGACCACGGUGAUGGAACUAAUCCAGAAGUUGAUGUUCAAACACCUUAUCCUGGCAUCUUCAUAUAUCGAUUCUCAGAAGGAUUUAACUAUCCAAACGCCAAUCACUAUCUCGACCACCUUACCAAUACAAUCUUCGCAACAACCCGUCGAACCAACCCUAACCAUUACGCUCGUCCUGGUGAUCGCCCAUGGAAUGACCCCGGUCCACGCCGCGGUAAAGCUCCUGAAGAUCAUAGCGACCGCCCUACCCUCAAAGCUAUCAUCCUCGACUUCAGCUCCGUUAACAAUGUCGAUAUAACCUCCAUCCAACAACUCAUCGAUGUCCGCAAUCAACUGGAUACUUAUGCAUCCCCUUCAGUCGUAGACUGGCAUUUCACCUCUAUCAAUAACCGCUGGACCAAGCGUGCUCUCGUUGCCGCUGGAUUCGGAUACCCAACUCCCGAGGAAGAAGGAUCACACCGUUGGAAGCCGAUUUUCUCGGUUGCGGAAAUGGGAGGUCAAGAUAGUGCGGCAGCAGCAGCAGAAGCUGAAACCAACGAAAAAGAAAUCAAGGAACAGCGAACGCGCGAACGGGAUCUGAGAAAUGGAAAUCAAAUUAGAGGUGAUAGUGAGAGUGGAAGUGGUAGUGAUUUGAAAGCUGUGUCGAAAAACGUCACGAGGUCGAGAACGGCUGUCGUUACCGGUCUCAAUAGACCAUUAUUCCACGUCGACCUUACGAGUGCGUUCCAGAGCGCAGUGGCAAAUGUCAAAGCGAGAGAGGCGUUUGAGGAAAGAGGAGGUAGGGAUACUGGGGUUGUGGCUUAA